AUGCCCGCCGCCGUGGAAUUUGCGGCUGCUACCAGCUCUGCUCCAACCACCAAACCGGCCCUUGCAAUCCCUCCCAAGCAAGGGCUUUUUCCAAAGCCUUAUCGGGCCCUAGACCGAGCGUUUUGCUUCCCGGACGAAAACCAGUCCAAAUGGUGGAAGGCAACGGCCCCAAUCUUCGCUAGAAUGCUCCGAGACGCAGGCUAUGACGUUGACCAGCAGUAUGAAUACCUGACGUUUAUGCGCGAACAUGUUUAUCCGCAUCUUCCACCGGCCCUGGGGACAAAACGCGUGUUCCCAAACCCGUCGAGUGGAGAUCCGGAUUUCGAGUUGAGCAUGAAUUUUCAAAGAUCUAAAUCGACGCCACGUGUCUGUUUUUUGCCGAUUGUCCGGGGACCCGGGGACGAUGAUGCUAGUUACCAGCCUGAUCCAACUCGGAUCUUGAAGACCCUGGAACCGGCGCUUCGUGAUGCGGGAUAUAGUACCAAGAUAUAUGAUGCCAUGAAGCAGCAUAUGGUAGCCUCUGACGAGGAGAAAGAGAGUCUCCAAAAGAAGGGUUUGAUCAAAGGCAAGAUUUACGAAGUGCAGUCGACGGUUGCACUCGACUUUGGCGCGAACGGGCAGAUUAUGGCCAAGAUGUAUAUGUUCCCGACAUUGAAAUCUUUUGCCACGAAUAUCUCUUGCUCCCAGAUCUUCUUGGAUGCCGUGCGCGCUGUCGACCCCACAGGCCAGCUGUUCCCUGGAUUGUCCGCAAUUGAGGAAUUUUUUGCUUCAUCCAUCGCAAGUGGACCGGGAGAUGCUUCGUCGACGGCUUCUCCAUGGAAUGUCGCUUUCGAUCUAGUGGAGCCGGAGCAUAGUCGUAUAAAGAUUUAUGCCUAUGAAACCCACGUUGACCUGAAGAGGCUUGAGCAUCACUGGACUCUGGGAGGGAAACUGAAGGAGCCUGAGCACUUGGAGGGUCUUGAGCUCAUGAAAGACUUAUUCAAGCGGCUAAGGAUCCCCGAAGGGCACCGCAAAGUGUCGGAAGAUUAUCCCAUCUGGAAAGAUCCAGACUCUUUGAAUCCGAUCGUGGUGAAUUGGGAACUGCACCCAGGCAGGCCUGACCCUGUGCCAAAGGCCUACUUCUCCAUCCGGGGACUGAAAGAUAUGGAGAAUACCGAAGCUAUCACUGAGUUCUUCGCAUCGUUGGGUUGGACUCAUCAUGCAGAAACGUACACUCCAAAUCUCCUUUCAUAUUUCCCGAAUACCAACCUCGAAGAAACCACCCUAGCUCAGUCUUGGAUCAGUUUCGCGUAUUCUCGUGCACGCGGACCCUAUAUAACAGUGUAUUGCCAGGACUUAGAUCCCACCCUAUCUCGUGAGCCGCAUUAA